UUAAGGGGCACAAUGCCAAAAAACCCCACUGCAACAGAUUUCUAUUGAAAAAAAAAAAAAAAAAAAAAAAAGAGACAUUGUAGGAAGUUUCAAGAGGCGAAGAAACUCUGACAACAACUUCCUCUUGUUUCGAGCUCAAAUGAAUCAUGGAGGGUCACGUACUUCUUUUCAUGGGUUUCCUGCUGAGAAUCUGUCAAUCUCAAGGAUCUGAAGAUAAAUUUGUGAAACUUGGAGAAGACUUACUUCUGGAUUUGAACACAUCUGUUAAACUCAGCGAAAGCUUUGAUUUCUUGUGGAAAUUUAAAAACCAUCAACUCGAGAAAGAAGUUAAAGUAGCAAAGGUUACUCAUGAUAAUAAACCAUUUUUAUUUGGCAAGUUUAAGGAAAAUUCAGAGAUUUUCCAGAACUACUCACUGCUGUUGAGGAAAGUGAAACACAAUAACACUGGAACCUACACUGGACUUGUGAGUGGAGAAGAGGACGACGCUGUUGCUGUUUACAACAUUAUAGUCCAAGAUGAAGUGCCCAACAUCACCCUGACGGUGAACGCCACCUCCGACCCCGACUGUAACCUCGCUGUGACCUGCAGUGCAGCGGACCCUCACAUUCGCAGCACUUUCAUAUGUGACAUGCAAAACUGCUCCGUCGUGGACGAACUGCAGCCAGGAGACAACAACAUUCCCUCCAUGAAAGUCUACCGGCUGCAACAUUUCAUCGUUUGUAAUUAUAGCAAUCAAGUGAGCUCCAAACAGCACAAGCUGGACACCACAUCCUACUGUGGAACAAAGGAUUCAAAUGGAUCGAUCACAUUUGUGAUCAUUGGUGUCGUCUGUGCUGCCAUCUGCAUCUUGACAGGGGCUCUGACUGUUGCCCUCAUUUGUAGAAAAUGUCGAAGAGCAGCAGGUGUAACAGAAUAUACAUUUCCUGAAGGUGUCAAUCCUGGACAAAACUCUGGAGAUGGAGCUUCAGGUUGCUCUCCAACAUCCACCUACGCCACGGUGCAGUUUCCUCUGGCGCCGACCACGACCGACACGCCCAGAAACAAGUGCCAGCCAGAGACACUUUACGCUGAGGUUAACAGAGCACAGAAGAACAUAUCUGAAGCGAAUGAAGCGACUGCUUGAACUGAGAAGGACGGUCACAGCAGGACACUGACAUCUUCAGCUCAAGACUGAACACUGAACACUUUAACUUGAAGAACGGCACCUCAAGUCCUUGUUGCUUUUUCACUUUUGUGACUUUUAUGGCUCCUCUUUUUGGAAAAGUGUAAAACUGAUCAGUUUCAAGUGAAAAGAAUCUCUAAAUGCAUAGAUUUUUAAAGAGAAAAACUUUCUUGGACACUUUAAUGUACUGUGAGCUGUGAUAUUUGCAAAUAAGCGAAAUUCAAUGUGAUGUUUAACUUAUUCUCUUUUCCAUAUUUUAAGCGCAAGUUUUUUGUAUUUCUCAGCCACGCUAGUCCAAAAUAAAACAAAAAAAAAAAAAAGAAGUGUAUCUGUUAAUGACAAAAAUUUGCCAAGUUUCUCAAUGUAUUUCACUUAAUUUUAUUCAACCAGAUAAUCCCAUUGAGAUUAAAAUGAGUCUCUGGAGCAACCAAACAAAGAUCCCUGCACUUUUAGAACCACUGCAUUAAACUAAAUGACACAGAAAAUAUGCAGGGAGAUCCCGACUCUUCUGGAAAAUAAGUGCAAUUCCAGUUUAGUAUAUUUUAGAGUGUGAAAGUAUCUAGCAAGUACAGGUGCUUUACUUUUUUUUUAAUCGUAGUGAAUAAAAAACAUC